GCCUGCGCAAUGACCUGACCGCAGCUCAGCUGUCCAGGGGAGAAGCGGUGGUGACUGGUGGAGCUGUGGGUUGCCCUGGCUUUGUCCCGUAUUCUCCAUCUUGAUCACAAGAGGUCAGCGAAGAGACCGCAGAGUGUGGACCACGUGGGCGCUAGAAGAUGGACACAUCUCAGCGGGCCGCGGUGUCCUUCACAGAUGUGGCGGCCUCGUUCUCAGAGGAGGAGUGGGACAUCCUGGAGGAAUGGCAGCGCCAUCUGUACGGGAACGUGAUGCGCGAGAUCCACAAUGUGCUGCUCGAUCUCGGGUACCAUAUUGACAACUCGGAGGUCCUGUACCGAAUCGUCAGCAAGGAAGAAACCAGCAAGUGUGGUCCGCGCCAGGAAGGGCUUGGACCGGAUAUUAUGUUGAGAAUAAAUUACCAGGGGGCCGAGGUGGAGGACCCUGAGCAGAGGGUCAUAAAGACUGAGGCAGAUUCACUGCCUGAGGUUAAGCAGGAAAAAGGUAUAUAUGACACCGGUGUCCCUGACACAUCCCAGGACGAGGGGCCACGCUCCACCCCAGCAAUGUGCACUCAGUCUCCGUCUUUGCCCCCUGGUCUUGUCGUUUACCCUGUGACUGUAAAGAAGGAGGCAGAGGACGGUGGCGGUGACUCCCAGCUCUCUGCCAACAGUGAGUGGGCAGCAAGUAAAACCAGAGCACUGUGUAAGAGCCGGACCACUGGAGACCCCACACCUGAGCAGACCUGCAUGGAUCGGAUCCGCAGGAGGAAAGGGAUCGCCCAUCAGAUCAAGUCUGUGUCUGGAUUACAUGACUCCGACCAAAACAAACAAACUGAACCCAAAGAGAACAAGGCACCCCGACACCCGCGGCUCUCCCCCGAGUGUGAGCCCAGCUUCAUGGAUAUAAAGCUUCCCUUCCCUGCAGCACGGCCGGUGGAGGAGGUCUAUCCCAUCAGUUUCCAACAGCGUGGGCAGACCUUCAUCAUCUGCAGCGUGUGCGGUAUGACCUUCUGCCAUAAAUCCAGCUUCCAGGUGCACAUGAGGACGCACACAGGGGAGAGGCCCUACAAGUGCUCCUACUGCGACAAGAGCUUCAUCCGCAGCUCCCACCUCAAUAUCCACCUGCGGACACACACAGGCGAGAGGCCCUACAAGUGCCCCGGAUGCGACAAGAGCUUCAGAGAUAACUCCAGCUUCGUCCGACACCAGAGAAUCCACACGGGGGAGAAACCCUAUCAGUGCUCCACGUGCAGGAAGUAUUUCCGGAAGAAGUCCAACCUGAAGGACCAUCAGAGGACACACACGGGGGAGAGACCUUACAUGUGCAAGCACUGCGACAAGAGCUUCCACCAGAGGUCAAACCUCAUGGUCCACGAGAGGAACCACCACAGAGACAGCUGAGCACGACAGAACUGUUCCUUGGAGGGCAGUUUAGGCAUUAACCCUAUACUGUCCUCAGCUAUGGCUGCCGGCCUCCUCCGUAUACUAUUCCAGGGCUAGAAAUCAUUCCCUGGAGAUCCAUCUUCUGCACUACUCGUGACUUCUUGACUGGCAUCCAAUGGAGCUGGACCCUUGUGUAGAUAGUAUUGUCGCCUAGAGUCCAUCAGCAGCUGCUUAUCCAGACUUUGGCGUGCCUGCUACCGCCCCCCUAGCCAUGUCCCUGUGUACUGUAACCAUACAUCCUGUU